UUCAAAUCUUUUGUUUUGUUUUUCUAUUUCUUUCUUUCUCCUGUACUAGAUCUGCUAGAGGCUUCCAUUUCCUGAGAAGAAUCCUAAAUCCAUUCAAUUUCAAACCCUAAACCCAUUUAUAAACCACACAAUAUAAGAAUUAAUCGUUGAAAUUUGUAAAAGGGAUCUCUCUCUCCGUUCCGUGGUGAUGUCAGCAAGUAGUAAUGGGGUGUCGAUUUGGUUCAACAGGAAGGUGGUUGAUCCCCUCCUCGAAAUCCUCCGCAGGGGUGCAGAACCGAAGCUGUUGGCCUUCUCUGCAGCUCUUGGCCUUACCAUUGGAUUAUUUCCAAUAUGCGGGACAACUGUGAUUCUGUGUGGAAUGGCAAUUGCAUUUCUGCGAUCUCACUGCCAUGCUCCAACUGUCAUGCUGGCUAAUGUCCUUGCUACACCAAUAGAACUGAGUUUGGUUGUACCUUUCUUGCGUUUUGGUGAAUUUGUCUCUGGUGGUGCUCAUUUUCCUUUAACUUCUGACGCUUUCAAGAAAGUGUUAACUGGCCAAGCUUCACAUGAGGUCUUAAUAAGUAUUGCGCAUGCGUUGUUGGGAUGGCUUGUUGCGACUCCUUUAAUUUUUGCCGCUCUGUACAUGGCAUUUUUACCAUUGUUUAAGGUGUUGGUUCCCAAGUUCAGCGCUGUUCCUUUAAGCCCAAAGAAAUCACUUUCAAGCACGGAAGUCAGGCUUAAGGGAAACUGAUGCGUCUUUCUAUUUCUCUGCAUCAUCGGAUAUAUUGCGGUGCAAGACACCUCAUUCACAGAAUACGUAUUAGUGUAUAUUCUCAGAGAGAGGGGGCAUGCGCGAGCUGAAACUUCACUUUGUUUCAGCGUUGAGCGCACACUAAUGGAAUACAAAUGAAUAUUUUCUUUUUCAAAUAAAAGUUUAGUUGAUUACUUCCAAAAGUCACAACAAUACUGCCUGUUUUGUAGCCAUAUCCUUUGUUUUUUUUUGGGAACUUUGCUAAGUUACUGUUGGGACCAAAUUAAGUCAAUACGACUGUUUGGCUAUCUACAGUGUUUCUUGCAACGAGGAGGAGGAGAUGGCUACGGAUAAGUUGAAGGGACAUCUGUUUUAUUAUAUUUUUAAACAUGUAAGAUUUUGUUGAAUAUGCUUGUUGUGACAUGACAAUAUGAAAUGAUAUGGCUCAGGCAUCUGACUCAAGGCA